AUGGCUUACCUAUAUCCGGCCGGUUACGUGACCGCCGCUCUUAUCGUGGUGGGAUUGUAUAUGCUCUUCCAUGGUGAGGGAGAAGCAUUCAAUGUCGGCCGUUUCCUUGAAGAGGUUUCUCCUUAUGCUUGGGCAAAUAUCGGAAUCGCUUCAUGUAUUGGUUUCUCAGUUGUUGGUGCAGCAUGGGGUAUCUUCCUUACCGGAUCAUCGAUCGUCGGCGGUGGUGUCAGAGCGCCUCGGAUUCGUACCAAGAACUUGAUCUCCAUUAUCUUCUGUGAAGUCGUGGCCAUCUAUGGUGUCAUUAUGGCCAUUGUCUUCUCCUCAAAGCUCAGCCAGGUGCCAGAAGGCGCAAUCCACACUUCCAGCAACUACUACACUGGAUACGCGGUCUUCUGGGGAGGAAUUACAGUCGGUGUCUGCAAUCUCAUUUGUGGCAUCUCUGUUGGUAUCAACGGAAGUGGUGCUGCGUUGGCUGAUGCCGCCGAUCCUAGCUUAUUCGUCAAGAUCCUUGUCGUCGAGAUUUUCAGCUCAGUGCUGGGUCUGUUUGGCCUGAUUGUCGGUCUCCUCGUGGCGCAAAAAGCCGCGGUAUUGGAUGCAGCGUGA